CAACUUAGUUACUCGUUGAAUCGUUGUCGACUUUGUCAAGACGAUUAUGGCGAGUUGUAUUAUAUUUUUCUACAAGGAAAGAUAUUUUCAGUAAAAUUCUAAAUGUUUGAACUUAAUGACAGUAUGUGACAUAAACCAGUGGGUUUGAAGUGCUUGUGAUAUAUUACUUUGUGCGUUUUUGGAGUGUUACUUUUUUUUAGUGAAUUGCUAAUUCUGUGCUCAACACAUAUCUCUAUAAAUCAACGCCAGCCAAACACAAGACUGAAUUUUAUACAUCUACAUAAAGCUAUGUAGUCUAUUUUAUACAAAAAAAAAACAAAAAUUUAUACUACAUUCCAACAUGUUUCAUUGACGGAUGCUUUGCAUUGUAUUGGCAGCCAUUUUGAAUAACAAUUAAAGAUGGCGUCUCCCGCCAUUCGAUCGGUCGUGGAAGAGAAAGAUGGCGACGAGGCAGAGGAAAAACUUCUAGAAGGAAAUCAAGUGUACAUUGUACCGCCUGCCAAUCAGCACGAGGAUGGUCUGAUUUCUGUGAAAUCUUCAAAAAAAGUAAAACUCCCAGAAGAUGAAGGUCCAGCAGUGGGAGCCGGUCGGUUCACCAUCGGGCCAGCGCCGGAGAGGGACUGGGAGAUGGUACCACCGGACGGCAAAUGGGGAUGGUGUGUGCUCGUAGGAGCAACCCUGGUCAAUAUAUUAAUACCUGGAACUAUUAAAUCAUUCGGCGUACUUCUGGUCGAGUUUAAUGAUGUAUUCGACGCGUCUCCGACAGCAUCAUCAGGGAUUGUUGCCUUGUGUUAUUUCCUCUACAGCAGCUUAGGUCCGCUAUCGUCAAUUCUAUCAGUGAAGUGGUCAUACAGAACGGUGACGCUCAUAGGCGGUAGCUUCGCAGCGUUCGGCAUGAUCUUCAGUAGUUACGCAUUCUCAAUUAGUUAUCUGUACUUAAGUUUCGGAGCUAUGGUGGGGACAGGCGCGGGUCUAGCCUUCCCGCCCACAGUGUAUAUAGUGACGUCAUACUUCGUCAGACUCCGAGGGCUGGCUAACGGCAUCUGCAUAUCAGGGUCGGCCUUCGGUAGUAUUAUACUACCGCCGGUGCUGAGGUAUCUACUGGAAACGUACGGGUAUAAAGGGGCUGUAUUAAUUCUGGGCGGUAUAAUGCUGAACGUAUGGGCUGCAGCGUUGCUGUUCCAGCCUGUUGAAGAACACAUGGUGAAGAAGUACAAAGACCCGGAGGAAGAUGAAGAUGGCCCGCAGCUGGAACCGUUCUUGGAAGAAGAGGCUGGCGAUAUGGAGGUGUCCUGUAACCCCAAGAUGAUGUUAACGCCAGACGAUAUCACCCCCAUAUGCGAAAAGCACCCCAACGGGUCGCCCCCCAUUUUCAAAAACAAUUCGAACGCGAACUUCGACGAGAAAUCAUCCCCAAACAAAAAUGAACACUUCGCAAGAUCAGCCAGCGCUGCAUUAGUGUCGUCGCGAGUCGAUAUCGAUAAAAGUAGAAAGACGACGCCUGCAUCAUCUAAACAUGGGUUACAGAAUAUCUCCAGCAAAAAUCAUCUGCCAAGUAACCCAUCUCUAUUGGAGUCGGUCCCAGAAGGCAGGAGUUCAAGAGUGAACUCACAAGAAGCAUUUGGUAAAAAGCUAGCCGUUCCAAAAACACCGAAACGCAGUCCUUCAACUUCCAGUUUUCAAUAUAUGUCAACACCAUUCCAUGGUUCAACUUUAUCCGCAUUCGAAAAACCAAGUGAAUUCGCAUCACAAUUCAGUCUAAAAUCAGUUACUGAGAGUUUAGCUCCAAUUAGCUACUGUUGUGGUUGGAAGAAGCGACCAAAGGACGACGAAACUAAAAAGGAACCAAGCAAAUAUUUCGAUGUACAACUAUUAAAAGAUCCAAUUUACUUAGUAAUCCUAAUUUCGAACUGUACAUGCGCAAUUUCAUAUACGAAUUUUAUUAUACUAGUGCCUUCAUACGCGCAGGAAUGCGGUUUCGAUAAAUCAUUAGGUGCGUAUCUUUUAUCGAUAAUAUCAGCGCUCGAUUUGAUCGGCAGAAUCGGUGGGUCAGCACUAUCCGAUAUAGUAAUGACACCGAAACGGUAUUUCUUUAUAUUCGGUCUAUUAUUGUCGGGUAUCAGUUUAGCUAUAAUACCGUUGGUAUCGAGUUAUUUAGCUGUUAGCGUUUUUUGUUCCAUAUUCGGUAUCGCGUCUGGAAUCAACGUAGGUGUCACCGCUUUGGUUAUGACGGAAAUGUUAGGUACAGAAAGGCUAAUGUCGUCAUAUGGUAUUAGCUUAUUUGUAAACGGUAUUGUCCAGUUGGUCGGCCCUCCUGUCUGUGGUAUAUGGUUUGAACGCACUAAAUCUUAUAAAUCAUUAUUUAUAACACUUGGAUUUAUACUUAUUAGCGGUGCAGCGCUUUGGGGCUUCGUCCCUUUGAUACAUAGAAGAAGGAGGCUGGCUGAAAGAAAGUCUUUAUCUGAAAAGGCGUAAUACAGUUAUAAACUUCUUUCACGGCUGUUUACAAUUAUACACACUAUACAAAAGAGAUACUUACCGCGAUAAUGUUAUUUAUGAGUUCCCGAUAUUUCGACGCUGUCACAACAGUGAUU